GAGAGAGAGGCACUGAAGUAGACAGAAGAUCUAUUUGGCAACAAAGUCCAAGAUGAACAGAGCAACAGCUGUAAUGACUGUCAUCCUGCUGUUGUGUGCUAUUGCUGCACAGGGUAUUCCAAUCCUGGGCACUCAAGGACGGUGUCGGUGCCCAAGGACCAUCUCCAACUUUAUUGAUCCAAGGAUCUUCAAGAAAUUACAAUACAUUCCCAAAGGAUCACAUGGUGAGACACAAGAGAUAAUCAUCACCACAAAAAAUGGGAAGAGAUUUUGUGUGAGCCCUGAUGCUGACUGGAUGAAGAUUAUCAUUAGAUCUAGGAAAGGGUCCAGAUCACAUAACUAAGAAAUGAAGCUGCAGUCGGAUUCACUCGAUUGCCCACUUGGGGUAUUUGCCGAACAGUGAACAUUGAAAUGAGGGAAGCUCCCUGUAGGACAUUCACUUUGUACUAUCACCGUUUGAUAUGUUGCUGUGCAGUUCCCCUGGAUUGAUUCUCUGAAACCUAUUUCAGUGUUUAACCCUCUUACGCUGUAUUUGUUUACAUAGAGCCUAAGAAAUCAAGCUGCUAUUGUGAAAUUUUGCAUCAAGCUUUCUUUCAUGGGAUGUGAUGUUUACCAUUAUACUGAAUAUGGUCUGGCAGUGUUACCAAAUACUAUGCAAUUGCAAGCAAUUUGUUAAGGUUCUCCAUCAAUAUUGGAAAAUAAUUUCCAAUCAUCAAAAGGUGCAGGUAGAUGAGGAAAUAUUAACAGACUUAUUUGCAAAAUGACAAAUCUGUUUUAUUUUGAUCC